UGGUGCACCCGUUUAAAAAACCUUGAUUGUCGAGCCGAGUCAAAUUGAGGUUAGGUUUAGUCAUUUUUUAUUAUUUUUGUGCGAGAAUGGAAGUCGAUAGUAAUUUGAUAGAGGAAUUCCGGCAGUUAAGUAGAGAGAGUGUUGAAUUUACUAAAAAAUGUGCGCUUUUAGUGGAAGAAAUAAAUUCUGGUCGAUUAACAAUCGUGCAGUUAGUGGAACAAUUGGGGACGUUUUUGGUGGAUGUAGCACCAAUAAAUCGCGAGUUAGGCACGUGGAUUUUAACACACGUUCUUCAAGGUUUGCCAGCAAGCCACUUCGAUGAAAAACAACUUCAAUUUAUUUGUACUUUUUACGCCGAUAGGCUUAAGGAUCACCACCAGGUCAUACCUGCCGUUCUUGUCGGAGUUUUGGCUUUGGCUAAAUUCGAUCAAUUUCCAAGUGGGGCAGCUGCACAAAUACUUUCAGCUUUAUUUCAAAAUGUGGCAUGCCAGCAACAACAAGAGCACGACAGACACAAUAUUUACAAGAUCUUUCAAGUGCUGCUAAGCAGAUGCCCCACAGAACUGUGUACAAUGGGGUUAGAUUACAUCUAUGGCGUAAUAUCAGCCGUCGACGGCGAAAGAAACCCGAAGAACUUAGUUCUACUAUUUAAUUGGUUUCCCAAGUUACUCAAAACGGUGAAUUUGGGCCACCUAACAGAAGAAGCAUUUGAAGUCCUCGCCUGCUAUUUCCCAGUCGAUUUUAAAGCGCCGGCGCAAGAUUCGAACGCCAUCACUAGAGAUCAGUUAGCAAAUUCAUUGGCUCCUUGCCUCACCGCCAUUCCACAAUUCGCCGAAUUUUGCUUCCCUUUAGCGCUAGAAAAGCUAGAAUCGUCUUUAGAAAUCGCAAAAAUCGACGCUCUACACUUACUAGAAAUCGGGUGUGCAUCGUUUGACGUUUCGUCGUACGUCCAACACUCAACAGAAAUAUGGUCACAGAUCCAGAAAGAAAUGUUUAGUAACCCAAAUCCGGCUGUAGAUAACGCGUGUUUGAAAACUUUGACGGCUCUUAUAAAAAAAAUUUCCAGCGAUGCGGCGGUGACUACCACGGUCAAAGAUAUUUCAGACACGAUUAAACGAAACUUGCUGCCGGACUCGAAAUUGUUUGAGCCUUCAGCUAAAUUGUUACUUGGUGUGGCAAACGGAUCGCCGCUUUCUUCAGAUUUAAUCACUAAAGACGUAGUUCCAAUUUUUGUUAAUACUUUUAAUAUUUCGACGACACCGUCACACAGGGCGGUAGUUUUGAAAACACUGAUACAGUUUUUUGAUAGUUACGUGGCACUGCAUCAAGUGAUUGAGUGCGAGGAGUUACAAAAAGUACCGAUUUUGUGUGUGAAGGCGUCACUAGAUGACAGUAACGAGUUGAGAAAAGCGGGAUUUGAUGGAUUGAAACAAAUCGCUAAAUUUUUGUCUAGUGAGGUUAGAUUUUCGGUGUACGAUAAUUUGCAGAAGUUAUUGUUGGUACCACAAGCUAAAGAUGUGAGAAAUUCAAUCCUUGAGUGUUUUAACGAAUUGGCUACAAAUUUCGCGGACGAAAUAAGAGACAGAUUGGUUAAUAAUGGGGAAAUUACAAGCGAAAUUACAUUGGAGGGUUAUUUAAAUGCGUUGUGUGUGAUUGCGGCGGAUGGUAAUUUCACUAAUAUCGUUAUAGAUAUAUUUCUUGACUAUUUACAAAAGAGUGUCAAUCUGGGGCAAGUUGUUGUUAAAUCGUUACGAAAUUUGAUUAAUAAAUAUGAAAAUAAUGACAAUGUUGUCAAUAUUAUCUAUGAAAAGAAUUUAAUUAAGCUUCUUAUUGACUGGAGUUUGCUUAAUGAAAAUAACGCGGAGAUAAAAUGUUUACAGGAUGUAGAUUUUAUCCUGAAAUCGAUAAUCGGGAAACAGAGCAGUCAAAGACAAACUGAGAUUAUCAAAGAACUAUCUAGAGUCGAUUUAGUUAGUGGAAGGCGCGUUUUCCUCUUAGAUGGACUCCUUUGUAAUUUAAGGAGAGAUGUAGAAAUCGAUUAUAGAGUAGUGGACGAUCUUUCUGCCCUGAUUACUCGAGAGAGUGAUAAUUUUAUUAAAAGUACGGCAGCUCAACUUUUGGCAAAUAUUAUCAAUAAGUGUGAUGAGGAUAAGUUACCAUUGUGUUUGGACAGAAUUAACAAAAAUCAAACCGACUUAACCACGAUAUCGUGGGUUACUAAAGCUUUAGUAAUGCGAAACCACACAACGGCGAACAGUUGGACCGAAAAAUUGUUAGAACUCCUAGAAAAUGAUACAAAUGCGGCAGUUUGUUUUCGUAUUGUUAUAAACGACAGUUUUGAUGCGCUAAGCCCGAAAAGCCACUGCAUUACAGCAAUUUUAUACCAACAGAAAUUUUUCACUCUAGUGUGUAACAGGUUAUGUGAUAAUUAUCAACCAGGUCGUGUUUCCUAUUUACUAGCGCUGGGUUACUUGCUGGAAAGUACCCCAAAACAAGUGAUUUUAAUGCAGUUUCAAAAGAUAUUAAAAAUGAUCGUUCUUUGUUUGGACGAGAGCGAAGAGCCUGAAGUUCUAGUAGUUUUGUUAAACAUAAUCAAAGAUUUUAUAACCCAAAAAGAGAAAUGUAUGGAGGAUCAUCUUGGUGAUUUUUUGACAAGGUUUUUAAAGUUGUCUACUUUUGACAAGUCAAUGAAAGUGCGGAUAUUAGCAUUGCAGUGUUUGCAAGAAGUCACGUCCAGUUUUCCAGUGUACAAAUUGCUUAUCCACAAACAAGAGGUGGUGCGAGUUUUAGGAAAAGUGGUCGACGAUAAGAAGAGAAUUGUCAGACGGGAAGCGGUUGAAGCGAGGUCGCUGUGGUUUCUCGUAGAUGCACCAAUGUAACAUUUAGUAAAAAAUAUUAAAUCGUUUUUAAACAGA